CUGACUCUCAGUCGUCCGUGCGCUGCGUCGGCCGCAGCUGUGCUCCGCCAUGGCCCCCAUCUCCUCACCGUCUCCGCUGACGCUGAAACUGCUGGUGCUGGUAGCAGUGACGACACUCCUUCCUGUGCUAGCUGCCCCCGGAGUGUUCGACAACAAGCUUCCCAAGGAUGUGCGGCUGCCGACCGUGUCGCGCAGUUGGAUGCGCGCUUGUUACAUCUCGCGCACGGUACCGUACGACCUGGUCGAGGCCGACCUGUGCACGCAUCUGCUCGUGUUCUUUGGUCAUAUAGGCGAUGACGGCAAGCUCUUUGUUGGCGAGUCGGACGUACCACUCCUGGCGCAGCUGGUCAAGAAGCGGGAGGAGGAGAACCCGGACCUGCGUGUCUGUCUGACCGUCGGAGGAUCUCCCAACCAGUUCGCCGGGAUCGCAGCGAGUAACGACAGUCGAGAGACGUUCGCACAGUCUGCUGCUCAGCUCAUGGAGGACAACAACCUGGACGGUCUGGACCUGGACUGGGAGUUCCCGGCGUUCGAGCGGCCCCUGCACGAGCGGCGUGACUUUUCGCUGCUGCUGGAGACGCUGCAGGCGGUGCUGAAGGCGAUGUCGCGCCCCCGCCUGCUGUCGGUGGCCGUCGGAGCUCCCACCACCAUUGUGGACGUGUCGUACGAGGUGCCGCGCGUCGCUGCAGCCGUCGACUUCGCCAGCGUGAUGACGUACGACUACCACUUCUUUCAGACGCUGACGCCGGCCACGGGGCACAACUCGCCACUGUACCCCUCGCCGGCAGAUGUCGGCUACUUCGCCGAGCUGAACUGCAACUACUCCAUGAACCUGUGGCUGCAGCGCGGCAUGCCUCGUGAGAAACUGCUCAUGGGUCUGCCAACCUACGGGCGCGACUGGAAGCUGCUGAACCCUGACAGGCACGGUCUUUACGCCCCUGCCAUUGGCCCGUGGGAAGACGGCUAUGCGUCUCUGGCAGACGUGUGUCGCCUGCUUCAGAACAACGGUACCGAAGUUUGGGACUCGUUCGGGCUCGUGCCGUACGCCUACAGCGGUGCCGAGUGGGUCAGCUUCGAGAACGCGCGCAGCAUCAUCGCCAAGGCGACCCUGGUGCGAGCGCUGGACCUGGCCGGAGCGAUGGUGUUUGACAUGGCGCAAGAUGACUGGGAGAAUGUCUGCGGCGAGGGCCCUCUGCCGCUCUUCAAACUCAUCAGGGAGAUGCUCCCGACUAUGAAAUAGGAAAACUGUAAGAAAAGUAGUGCGGAGGUAAAAGCAUGCAUUAUUCUAUUUAAUUGGUUGAAUUAUUGAUAUAUGACUUGAUUGAGCUGUGAUGGGGAAUCGCGUAUAAUACACCAUGCAUAAACUUCACCCACUUUGACGAU